AUGGAUGACUCAUACCAGUUUGGUGUGGGUUUUGCUGUAAUUAAAGAUUAUGAGAUGUGCGUAAAAGAAUUUAACCCAGUAUCUGAACGCAUAUGUACGAUAAGGCUAGACACAAAACCUCUAAACACGUUCAUAAUUAACAUACAUGCUCCCACUGAAGGAAAAGAAGACAUAAUAAAGGAGGAAUUCUAUGAAGAAAUAACGGAGAUCUACGAUAGGGCACCAAAAAAUACGGUGAGAAUUGUUAUUGGAGAUUUUAAUGCCAAGAUAGGGAGAGAGACCAUCUAUAGACCGACAAUUGGAUUACACAGCGCUCACGAACAAAGCAAUGAUAAUGGCCAGAGGAGUAUAGCUUUUGCAAUUUCAAGGAACAUGACCAUAAGCAGCACUUUCUUUCCACACAAGGAUAUCCACAAAUAUACGUGGAAAUCACCUGAUGGAAACACAUUCAACCAAAUUGACCACGUGGCCAUUGACAAAAGAUUCAAAUCAAGUAUUUCGGAUAUAAGAAGUUAUCGAGGAGCGGACUGUGACUCAGAUCAUUUUUUGGUCAUUGCGAAAUUCAGAAUUAAGCUGAAAAAUGUUCAAAAAACAAAUAAUAGAAUGCCUAAAUACAAUCUAGAGAAGCUUAAAGAAGAAGGAGAAAAUCAAAAAUACAUCGAAUCUCUCACAGAAAAGUUAAGGACAAACCAAAUGGACAAGCUGGAAACAAGCGAUAGAUGGACUAUUAUAAGAAACACUAUAACCGAAACUGCAAGAAAAUCACUAGGUGAAGCCAGAAGCAAGCAAAGAAAUGGUAUAACAAUAAGUGCCGGAAUGCAGUGCUAA